CUCCUUCUCCUGCCUAACACCAUCUUUUCCCUCUUUCAACUCCCCCCCUUUCUUUCAUUUCACUUUGGUACUACCCCUUUCUCCAUUUCCUCUCUCCCAGUCCCCCCUCUGCCCCCCCCCACCUCUCCCACUCUCUCUGUGCUCUGGCACUGCAGUGCUGAUUGUGAUUGAACACACACAUUGAUGCACACACACUCACGCAAGCGCACACGGGAGCGUAGCUGAGAGGCAAGGACUGCAGCAGCAUGCAGCAGCAGAGGCCGAGCCGUUCAGGGACUCCCAUUCAGGAGAGGAGAUAGAGAGCUGUCUCAGCCCAGCCUGCGUUCGCAUCUCUGCAGAGAGGGGACGGACGGGGGUUUCAGGAGUGGAUGUUUUAUCUUCCUCUGUACUGCUUCUGCAUCUUCCUCUGCCUGCUCCUCCCACUUCAACUCUUCCUCCACCUCCCGUCUACGGCAUCGUUCCACAGGACUACAGAUUGACCAGGACUGGCGAGCGGUGGACGGUCAGGCUGUGCCUCUGUUGAAGGAUCCCUACAUGGCUAUGCUACAUCUGCAACCUCACUGAUGUCUGGAUUGUAGCCGACAUCCCGAGCUAGAAAAUCACCUGAAGGAAUCUUGGAUGUAUAUGUCAUUCUUUUCCAGCCUUGUCGCUGGCGCAUUUCCCUCGUUUGCCGGCUGUUUUUGCUCUCUGUGAGACUGGCUAGCAGGCACUGCAGCAUCAGGACCGCAAGAUCCAUGAAGGGGUAGGGCAUGAGGACCCAGGGGCGACCCGAAGCAAGGGCUUGAGUACUUCCAUUGCUUCCACUGCUGAGCUGAGUGACUGGGACAGCGGGUGGAGGAGAAAAUGCUUAUGGCUCGGGACACAGCGCGGGAUGAGGCUCAGAAGCUACACAGGAAGUGGCUGAAGCACCAGGCCUUCAUGGCAGAGCUGGCCCGCAAUAAAGAAUGGCUGGCCAAGAUAGAGCAGGAGGGCGAGGAGCUGAUCCAGGAGAAGCCAGAGCUGCGCUCAGUGGUGGAGCAGAAGCUGGAGGAGAUCAGGGAGUGCUGGUCCGACCUGGAGAACACCACCAAGGCCAAGGCCCGCCAGCUGUUUGAAAACAACAAGGCGGAGCCAGUGGUGAAGAGCUACUCGGACCUGGACAGCCAGCUCUCUCAUUUAGAGCAGCAGCCCCCCCAGCUGGAACAGGCUCACCAUCUUCCCACCUUCAAUGAGCAGCUCCAGAAAUUCCAGGCCAUGGAGUCUCAGAUAGGGGACUUCUACAAGGAUGUGGGGGAGCUGGGGACUUUGCAGGGGCUCUGCCUGCCCCAGCAGGGCCUCAUGCCCGGCGACAAAGAUGACACGGAGCAGUCAGGUGUGGUAGAGACCCGAAUAGUCCGCCUCAUCGAACCCCUGAAGGAGAGGCGCCGAAUCCUGCUGGCCUCCAAGGAGAUGCACCAGGUGGCCCAGGACCUGGAGGACGAGAUAUUGUGGAUCCAGGAGAGGCUUCCACUGGCUUCCUGUAAGGAUUUUGGGAAUAACCUGCAGAGCGUCCAGCAGCACGUCAAAAAGAACCAGGCACUCCAGAGAGAGCUGACUGGGCGGCGAGCUCGGGUCGAGGAGGUCCUGGACCGGGCGGGCAUCAUCGCGUCACUGAGAACCCCUGAGGUGGAGUUUGUGCGUGAGGGCGCAGGGCACGUGCGCCAGCUGUGGGAGGUGUUGCAGCUGGAGACUGAGCGGAGGGCUGUGAUUCUGGAAGCUGCCCUGCAGGCUCAGCAGUAUUACAGUGAAGGAGCCAAAGUGGAGUCCUGGCUGUCCGGACAGAAACUUCAUCUUGCCAGUGAAGAAAAAGGAACGGAUGAGGCCAGCACACUGCAGCUACUAAAGGCUCACCUGACUCUGGAGCAAACGGUUGAAACGUAUGCAGAGACGGUCGGCAUGCUGUCGCAGCAAUGCCAGCAUCUCCUGGAGCUGGGACACCCGGAGAGUGAGCAGAUCAUGAAGCAGCAGUCCCACAUAGACCGACUGUACGUGUCACUGAAGGAUAUGGUGGAGCACAGAAAGACCAAGCUGGAGCAGCAGUACUGGCUCUAUCAGCUCAAUAAGGAGGUGGAGGACUUGGAGAGGUGGAUCACUGAGCACGAGGCGGUGGCCAGCUCCACCGAGCUGGGCCAGGACCUCCAGGAAGUCUCGGUGCUCCAGGAGAGGUUCACAAAGUUUGCCACAGAAACCAACAGCACUGGUGAGCAGCGCAUGGAGCAGGUGAACAAAAUGGUGAACGAGAUGAUCGACUGCGGACACUCAGAUGCAGCCACCAUCGCCGAGUGGAAAGACGGUCUCAAUGAGUCCUGGGCUGACCUCCUGGAGCUCAUGGAGACCCGCAGGCAGAUGCUGGCAGCUUCUUAUCAGCUGCACAAGUUCUUCACCGACUGUAAAGAGGUCCUGGCUCAGAUUGCGGGAAAGACAAAGCAGCUUCCAGAGGUGAGGGCAUGCCAAGCCAACAUCUCCAAUCCGGCCACUCUGCAGAGACUCAUGCACUCCUUUGAGCACGCCCUUCAACUGCUGGUUGCUCAGGUGAGGCAGCUGCAGGAGAAUGCUGCCCAGCUGAGGACCAUCUACGCAGGGGAGAAGGCUGAAGCCAUCAUGGUCAAAGAGCAGGAAGUCAUGGAUGCAUGGAAAGAACUGCUGAGGGCUUGUGAGGCCAGUCGAGUCCAGGUGACUUCUGUGACUGACAAGGUGCAGUUCUUCUCUGUGGUGCGUGAAAACCUUAUGUGGAUGGAAGGCAUCAUGGGCCAGAUAAGAUGGGAUGAGCCAAGGGAUUUGACAGCUCUGGAAGUGAUGAUGAAACAACACCAGGAGCUGAAAGCCAAAAUAGACGGUCGCAGCAAGACCAUACAGCAAUGUGCAGACCUCGGCAAGAUUUUGAUAGCAGCAGGCAACCCCGCAUCAGAGGAGAUCAAAGAGAAAUUGGACAGUCUUCUAACGAAGCAGAAGGAUCUUGUUGAAAAAUGGGACCGACACCAAGAGAAGUUACAGAGCAAGCAAGAAAGGUUCCAGUUUGCCCAGGAGACUGUGAAGGCAGAGGCUUGGCUGAAGGCUAAGGAGCCACUGAUCACUUCUAAGCAGAAAGAGGGAGGAGAGGCCCCAGCCCACACCGAUGAGGUUGAGCAGCUCAUACUUCGGCACGAGGCCUUCCGCAAGGCUGCUGUAACCUGGAAAGAACGCUUCAGCUCCCUCCGCCAGCUUUCUGCAGCUGAGAAAAAACAAGAGGAAGACAAAAAGAAAAUCCCACUCUCCAGUCGAAGGAUGUUCCCUCUCUCUUGUUUGACUCCCAGUGUUCCUUCAACCAGUUCAACCUCUUCCUUCUUGAGGCAGACCGUACAUGCCCAAAUAGAACCCAAACCAUUACAAACCAGUUUGGAGUUGGGCAGCAGCUCUGCAACCCAAAGAUUGUCGUCAUCACUUGCCAGCUACAACCCAGUGUUAAAUGGAUCAGGUUAUCAAGGGUUGGAGCAAAGGAGCACUGGGUUGGUGAACACCUCAUAUCUUGGAAUGAACCAACCGGCAACUGCAGGAGCAAAUAACCCCAGUUUCUCUGCGUCCCAGAUUGGAGGGACAGACACCUCUACUUUUCAAGGAAAAAGUAAUCAACCAGGUGGUAGUGCAGAGAGUUCAUGGUACUUUGCAAGCACCACUGUGAGUGGUAUUCAAAAUCAUCCAAGCAGCGGCAAGUUAGGAAGUUCAGGUAACAUAGCUCAACAGCCAAGCAGUGGAGGUAUUGGAAGCCCUGGCUACUCAUCUCCUCAAAAUUUUGGAAGUUCAAGUUUUUUUGGACAACAGCCUAGCAUGGGAAGCUCGGGGUACUUGGCCCAACAGCCUAACAUUGAGAGCUCUGGAUACUUGGCCCAACAGUCUAACAUAGGAAGCUCGGGGUACUUGGCCCAACAGCCGAACAUGGGAAGUUCUGGGUACUUGGCCCAACAGCCGAACAUGGGAAGCUCGGGGUACUUGGCCCAACAGCCGAACAUGGGAAGCUCUGGAUACUUGGCCCAACAGCCAAACAUGGGAAGCUCGGGAUACUUGGCCCAACAGCCAAACAUGGGAAGCUCGGGAUACUUGGCCCAACAGCCGAACAUGGGAAGUUCUGGGUACUUGGCCCAACAACCUAACAUGGGAAGCUCUGGAUACCUUGCUCAGAAUUAUCAAAGCAGUGGACUGGGAAGCUCAAGCUAUCUGGCACAAAAUCAUUACAGUAGUGGAAGUCUAGGAAGUUCAGGUUACCUGGCACAAAGUGGUGGCAUAAUGGACCCUAAAAUGGCAUAUGCAUGGCAGCAUCUGAAAGCUGACUUCAUGCAGCCCAGGAUCAAUCACAUCCACAAAGCUAUAAACCCCCUUCUGGAGGCCACCAGGAUGCAACGAGAACAGUUUGGAGACAUCCCAAUGGCAGACAUGGUUGGGCCAGAGUCAGGACUGGAGCUUCUCCAUGGCCGUCUCCAGAGGGAUCCUAGAGGCAGCCGUUCUGAUCCUCAGAUGGACCAUUUGAGACGAGAAAGGGAAUACAAACUAGGAAGGCAAACCUCCAGUGAACAGGAAAUACAAGCCCGGUUAAAUGAGCUGCCGAUGAUUGUGCGACAGGAGCGUUAUCGGAGGCGUAUGGAGAGGCAGUCUUCCAGUGAGCAGGAAGGCAGCAACAAGCAGAGGCUACAGAGACAAGACUCGAGUGACCUAGAGGGCUCUGUUAAGGACGGAUCCGACAAACGCUCAGGGGAGAAGAGAUCUACAAUGGCAGAAAUUGUGGAGCAAGUCCAGGAGAGAGAAGCAGCAAAUGCACGGGGAGAGCCUUAUCGACCUCCUAGCAGCCUCUCGGCACCCGUGACUCGCUUUGACGGGCGUCCUCGUGCUCGAGACCGUCCCAAACCAAGAAGACGACCCCGUCCAAAAGAACCUGAAGAAACUCGUCGCUCUCGCUCUGCCCCAGCAACUGGUGCCCCAACAACCCCCCAGCCGCCUUCACACACUGCCCAUAAUGAAGGCUUCCUCUAUCGUAAAAAGGCCACCAGCACUGAGCUUGAAGCUCAACAGAGGAGCCCCAACAGCAAAUCCUGGGUAAACGUUUACUGUGUGCUGAAAGAUGGAAAGCUGACUUUCUAUAAGGACGCGAGGAAUCACAGCACAUCGUAUAACGGAGAGCCUUCUGUUGACCUGGGAAACUGCUCGUUCGACCCUUCCAUGGGAUACAAGAAGAAGAAAAAUGUCUUCAUCCUUCAAGAAAACGAUGGAAACAAUUUCAUAUUCCACGCAAAGGAUGAGGAAGACCUGAAAGCUUGGACGUCAAACAUCACCACCUCUAUAGCCGAGCACGAGGCCAUGGGCAAAUGGGACAAGCCGGGGACCUCGUCCAUGGACCCCGAUCGCUCGGAGCGGAAGGAGAAGUCCGAGGGCGACGCAGACGCCCGCUCGGAGAGGUCUGAGCUGGUGGAGAUGGAGGAGAGGUCUGAGAAGGAGAGGUCAGACAAAGGCGACGGCUCCGAGAAGUUAGACACUUCUGAAAUCGCAGACAAGUUGGAGGGUGGGGCGGGGGGCUCCAGCACGUCUGGGAAAAGCAAAUGAGGAGUCCCCUCUGCAUUUUGAUGUUCUUCACAGACACCAGGGGUGGGAGGCAGAGUGUGGGAGAGGUGUUUGAGCAUGUUUGCAGAACCUCGGUGUCAGAGGCCCAUCACUGGCUUUGAAAUGACUAUUGUAUACUAUGACAGACUAAUCUCUCAGACCCCCCCCUCACCCAGGCAAUACAUCAGUGCUAUUGUGCCACCUGCUGGUUGUUGUGGGGGUCGGCCCACACAGACGCAGAGACAGACGGAUACGAGUUUGGCCGCCGUCCCGUUCUAUCGUCGAUCGUUUAAUCUCUCGGAUUCACCGCAUCUUUCUGUACGUACCUUUGAAAGCGUCAUGCUGUGUCCCACCAGACCAACCCAGAGUCUCACAAGAUUACAAAAGACUAUGUUUUUGAAGCAAUACACUUUUUUAUUUUCUUCUCUUUGUUAAAACAGAAAUGAAGGCAGGAAAGAAGCAGAGAAGCCGAUGUGAUGCGUGCACGCUAGACAUGGCGCACGCACAUGUAUGAUAGUCAUGACCACAUGUAUUCCCAUCACAGGCCUCGCUUCCAGCCAUGCUAGCGUUAUGGAAUGUGGGUGCUGGCCCCUUAACGUGUCACUUACAUGUUUCUAGACCAGAUUUUUUGGGUUUUGCAUUUUUUUGUUCACAGUAAAACACAAAGUCUGUUUGUUUGAAGGGACAGAAAGCCUUCGGACACAUCUCCACACUGCAUGGAACAGUCUGCUAGUGCUCCCAUUAAACUUGUUUGUCUGUUCUGACGAUGAGUUGGCAACACAGGAAUCGCAAUAAUUUCAUGUGAAAUUCUUUUCCCGUCAGAGGUAAGUGAGACCUGCAGGAGAGCCAACUACAAAAAUCAGAAAGCACUUUAGUGGUGCCGUUCAUUUUUCACAGAAUGUAGAGUUUGCAGCUGUGGAAUGUCCCCAUCACCACCAGGCCUGUGGGGCCCUAAAUUGUAAAACCAGCUGAAGCUCUCCGUGUCUCCAUGAGAGGCUCAGCCAUGACAGGCAGGUCAUGCUAAAAAGUGUUCUAAAAUGUACAUAUAUCUAUCUUUGUAUGUAUACCAAUGAAACCUGUGCUCCAAUAAAACAACGCUCCCAAUGGAAAAACCUAAACAUUUGUAUCACCCUGCAAAUAAAACAGUCAUCACUCUGAUAUUAUGAUGUUUAUUACAUUAAAAUUUAAAAAAAUAUGCAAAUUAGAAGUCCUAAUUAUCCUAGUGCGUGUAUAAAUGUACACCGGUAUCUAUAUGCUGUAUUAAACUCCUUUUACCAGGGAAGAGCAGCAGGACAUACUGUAGGUAUGUUUGUUGUAUUUUUAUAUGCAUAUAUUUAUUGAUGUGAGAAUCAGAAGAUGUCCCACAGCCCCAAUGAGAUCUGGCCCUGGCAGCUGAGACAGAGGAGCUGCACUGACACGUAACACACCGAUGAAGCACAAGACAGCCUGGCUUCUGCUGAUGAAGCUAAGCUGUGUUGGUCAACAGACACGGGUGCAUUUAUCCUUUCUCAUGCAGAUUUUUUUUUUAUUCUACACACGAAUGAGGAUUUUCAGGCAGCCCCAGAAACUCUCUUCCACUGCUGCCCCUUCAUCGUCUCGUUCUGCUCCUCGCUGUGGGACUUCCUAACAGUCUUCCUUUAAAACACCAAAAGAAUGUGAUGGAUGUUUGAAUUCUGUGAGUUCAGGUGGAGUGAGGAAGGUUUUUUUUCUUCACAUGUUUGUUUGUCAGUCUCUGUUUUUACACAAGUGCCAUGUCAUGCAGUUUGCUGGUUCAGAGAAAAGGGGGAACAGGCCGUUUCUUUCAAAGUUUUAUCACUUUGUUGCUUUUUUUUUAAAUCACUGAAUGAUGAGGAUAUUCCUGUAACUGUCCUGAUUCAUGGCAUAAAUCUAUCCAGCAUCCCCAUGUUACAGCUCCAGUGUUUGCCUCCCGUCACUUUUAUGAAACACACGAGGGACGUUUUCCACUCUGCUAAGACCACUCCAGCCAACAUUAGAUAGGCAGCGGAAACCGUGACUGAAUGCAGAAAUAUUGUGCAAACAUUGAUGGUCUUACAUGUAUGUCUUUGUUACGUUCCAUUACAACUUGCUGCUAUGACAUUCAAUAAAUCUCCAAACUUGCUGUCGCAGACGUGACGUGGAAUUGAUGUGGUCCCACAUACACAAACUGGCAUGCCCUGUCCAACACGACUGUUCCUUUUGACCUCCCACCGCACCGAGGCCCACAAACACAUGGACAGGAAUCUUGAAUAUUAAUUAUAACAAAGUUGCUUUGGAACUAAAGACUCCAGAGGAGGCCAUGCUUAACCCUCGUUCCCAGACUUCCCUGCCCCAUGCACAGAUUACUGCCUGGAUCAGGUGAUGAAAGGCAGGUCGUGGCCCCGCCCACCUGCCCCUGCACUGGAAGGCAGAUCUGCUCCACACACACAUGCGUCAUGUCAACAUUUCCACUGUCUGCUGGUGCACUGAAAACCACCUCCUGACCAGACCCAGAUGAAAAAGUGGAGGAACGAAUAAAUAAUUGAUGUGAGAGUAAAAAUAAAGGUUGGUGCAGUCUUUGUUUUGCACAUCCAGGCCUUUCGCUGGGAAACGGCGAGGUCUGUUUCUUAACAGACGCGUUCAUGUCCACUGAACUGCACAAACUCUGCACAACUUCUUGUAUGUUUUGAGAAUGUACAUUUUAAUUAUGAUUUAUUUGUUGAACAACAUCUGCUAAUAUGUGUGGAAAUCUACGGUCUGGGAUUGUCUCAUAAAAUCUGUUUAUCCUUCA